CCCCACCAGGCUUCUGGAAGCGUAGUCUGCAGGAAUUCUCGAGGCUGUCAGGCAUUGGCCGAAGCAAUUAAUCGUCCUAACAAACCUUUCCCACUCAUCACCUUCAAUCAACCCGACACCCCAGAACUAUGCAAAGUCAUGUCGGACGAAGACAUGGGAGGCUUCUCAAAAGUCCACUUCGAUUUCGUUCCCGCAGACGCACAACACCCUCCACACAUUCGUUUCCAUGGCACCAUCUCGAAUGAGCUUCCCGCCGACAGACCACAGAUUCAGAGGUCCGGAUAUGCUGCCUGGCGCACAAGAGACAUGGGUCGCAACUUGUUUGGCAAGGGUUUAUGGGACCUCGACUCGUACAGCUACAUUGCUCUGAAAGUCAAGAGCGAUGCCCGCAAAUACUUUGUCAAUGUCCAGACCGAGUCUAUCGUGCCGACCGAUCUUCACCAGCACCGUUUGUACGUUCAGACGCCUGGCGAAUGGGAGACCGUCAUUGUGCCCAUCAGCGAAUUCGUCCGUACAAAUCAUGGCAUGGUUGUCGAGCCUCAGAGUGAUAUGAUGCGCCAAAAAGUCAAAAGUAUUGGCAUAGGCUUGAUUGACCGUGUUCCUGGACCAUUCGACCUUUGCAUUGCUGAGAUCUAUGCAACCAACAAUUCCGGUGGCAAGGACCUCGGCAAGGACCUCAACAAGAAGGCAGACGAGCAGGAUUUGGCUAGCGACGGCUUGUUGCUCAAGAAGUAG